AAGGACGGAAGCCGAGGCGGGGCCAUUGCGCCUGGGCCGGAAGGGGCGGAGCUCCCGCCAAAAUUCAACGGCUGUAUUCUGCCCCUGUGUGCGUUGCGCUCGUUGGGCUGCCGACCGAGGAAGGGCUGAGAGGAGAGGCCUUCCUUCCUUCCCUCCCUCCCUCCCCGAGGACGAGUGAAAUGGAUAAUUGUACUUUUCCAAGGUACAGUGAAAAUGAUAUUAUUGUACACAUACGCAACUUCUUGCUGACUGGAACUGAGGCCAAGAACUUUUCCAAAAGUGAUUUAUUUCCAAAUGUUAAGCCUGAAGUUCUGCACAUGAUAUACAUGAGAGUUUUACAAAGUGUAUAUGGAAUCCGUCUAGAACAUUUCUACAUGAUGCCAGUGACAUUUGAAACUGCAUAUCCCCAGCUCUUUGAAGGAUUCCUACCCACUGGAAAUCUGUUUAUUAAUAUGGAGCGAUUUUUUCCAUUGUGCCGCGUUAAUGACUUCCAGAUUGCUGAUGUCAUAAAUCCAAAAGCAAAGAGGACAGCUCGUUUUUUGUGUGGCAUAAUUAAUUUUCUUUGCUUCCGUGAAUCGCGCCUUGAGGUCUACCUGGAAAUCCAGAAUACAUAUAAAUCAGCUAUGGAGAAAGAGCAGCGACUUCAAAUGGCAAUCAAGGAUGCAACACUGAAGCUAGAGAAGCUUGAUACUGUUCCUCCAGAUCAACAAGUAGAAUUCAAGGAACUAUCUCAAGAUAUUCAGGAGCUGGAGCAAAAACUCAACCAAGAAUAUCGACAGAAAACGAGUAUUUUUCAAGAAGAAAUCCACCAAAACAGAACAGAAAUUGCAGAAAAAAAACAGAAUCUAAAUGAGCUAAAAUUGGCCAUAUGUAACCUAAAAGAAGAACAAGAACAACUGAAGUCAAAGAUUACAGAGUCUCCAGAAGAGCUGACUAAUUGCAAAGAACGUCUGAAACAGACACUUCAGAAAAUCAAGAGAGACAAGCAAGAAGUAAGUGAGAAGUAUGAAGCUUACAGAGACCUUGUAGAGAUCUUUCCAUCGUACCAACUGGAGGUUCAGCUGUACCAAAAGAAAAUGCAAACCCAAGCAACAAAUGUGGAUAAGUUAUCGAAUAUAUUGGCAGAGAUUCGAACACUAGAGGAUCAAAUAGAGAAUAGCAAAAGUGGAUUAAAGAAUGCCAAGAUUGAAGAAAUGUCCUUGAAAAGGAUGGUUACUGUUAGAAGGGAAAAACUCACCACUCUGGAUAUCAAACUUCAAAAAAUACGUGAUGAUACUGAGCAACGCAAGCAGGCAAUAACAGAGUAUUGCAACAAAUUUCAAGAAGAGAGAGGAGUUGUCUGUGAGAAGCUGACAAAAACUCAUGAAGAAAUCAUGUGGCUGAAAGGUGCUAUUCAGCAGCUAAAUGACAAUGUGGAAAAAGAGAAGUUAAAAGCGCAGGAGAUUUAUCUUAGCUUGCGGGCUGGCUUGGAGAAAUAUCAUGAAAAUCUGGCAAGAAUUGUGGACAACUAUACAUCUGCAAGAGAAGACAAAACAUCUGAAUUAUCUAGGCUGUUUUAACAUAAUUACUCUGAUAACAGACUUUGUUCAUAUAAUGUUUAUAACAUUUAGCUUUAGAGUGUCAUUCAGUUAAAGAAAACAAUUAAAAUUAAGAAUUAUUUUGAUCUGGGAGGGAGAGAUUCAUGACCAAUUCAGUACUAGAUUAGAUGUGGUAGUAUUAGUUAAUAAAUCUUGUUAAAUAAAGAACUUUGUUCAUUUUUUCUGCAUUA